AUGGCCGAGCGACGGGAGAGACUCUUGAAGCUGUCUUGUGACCAGAAGCGGGACAGGAGGGUUGUGAAGGCUCCCCAAGCAACGAGGAUGGCCCCGCCGCAUAGUCCGGGCGCUCCUCAUGUGGUGAGGGUGGAUUCGUCGCCUAGCUCGGGGGCUGCGUCGAAAGAGAUCCCAGAGGUUCAAGAGGUCGAGCCACAUGCCGACCUGAUACAAAGAAAAAGGAACCGGGUGGAAAGUGGGCCGGCGGUCGGCGAGGAUUCCAGCGCCGUAAGGUCCUUCGGGUUGCCCCUUGCUUCAAAGAGGAGGGUUUCUUCGAGGGGUUCCCUUUGUCCGUGA